CAAUUGCGCACCAGAAACUGGAAGCUCCCCCAUAUUCAUAAUGGCCGUCGAACAGAACCCCUUACUCAACGGAGGCAACACGCUGCAGGCUAUCCGCUACUCACGAGGUUCACUGCUCGUCCUCAACCAGCUGCUGUUACCGUUCGAGUCCGUGUAUGAGAAGGUCGAGGAUAUCAAGGGCGGACAUCAUGUUAUCCAGACGAUGAAAGUCCGGGGUGCCCCAGCAAUCGCAAUAGUGGCCGCCCUCUCCCUCGCCAUCGAACUACACACCACCUCUUCCACCCUCCCCACCCCCAGCGCCAUCGCCGACCACGUCCACCAAAAACUCAGCUACCUAAAAACCUCGCGCCCAACCGCCGUAAACCUCUUCGAAGCCGCCGAUCGUCUCAACGCUUUAGUCCAGCGGCACGCGGUAGGGGAGGACGCGACUGCCGAAAGCACCGCGUUGGUGUAUAUACAGGCUGCUGAGGCGAUGCUGGAGCAGGAUGUUGGGGAUAAUCGGAAUAUCGGGAUGCAUGGGGCGGAGUAUAUCCUCACCCACUCUUCGAAUUCAGAGGGCAUCCAGGUCCUCACCCACUGCAACACCGGCUCCCUCGCCACAGCCGGGUGGGGCACCGCUCUCGGCAUCAUCCGCGAACUCCACGCCCGGGGUAACCUAUCCCACGCAUUCUGCACCGAGACCCGCCCAUACAACCAAGGUUCGCGUCUCACCGCCUACGAACUCGUCUACGAACGGAUCCCUGCGACCUUGAUCUGCGACAGCAUGGUGUCGCACCUCCUCCGCACGCACAAGAUCGCGGCGAUCGUCGUGGGCGCGGAUCGGGUGGCGGCGAAUGGGGAUACGGCGAACAAGAUUGGGACGUAUCAGUUGGCCAUUACCGCGCGGUAUCACAAUGUUCCCUUUAUCGUCGCUGCCCCGACUACAUCUAUCGAUCUGAACACGCCGAACGGCGACGCGAUCACAAUCGAGGAACGGUCACCCUUAGAAGUUGUGCAGGUUCGCGGAAGGGUUGUGGAUGACGCUGCGGGUGUCAAAGAGCACGAUGAUGGGAGAGCGGAGGUGGUGACGGAAACGGUGCAUGUAGCCGCGCCGGGGGUGGAGGUGUGGAACCCGGCGUUUGAUGUGGCGCCUGCGGGGCUGAUCAGUGCGAUUGUUACGGAGCGGGGGGUUUGUGUGAAGGGGAAGGGAGAGGGGGUGUUUGAUUUGAGGGGGUUUUUGGCGUAGGGA